GCGUAGAAAAAUCUAUUUCUUGUAGAUUCUGCAAUAUUUUACUCGGACGCCUAUCCUAAAUAGGAUAUGCUUUUUUCCCUAAGGUCAGCCUGAUAACUUCAAAGAAUAUCCAAUGUGUCCAUUUGAUUAAUGUUUUUACUUUCCAAGAUCUUUUUCCUACGAUCUUGAUUUAUUUAUCUAAUAUUCACAUUUGGAUUUUCUUUUUUGAUUUUUUGAUAUCUUUAAAACUUUCACCUAUGAUUUUCUAUAUAAUGUGUAGAUCUUUGAUACGUGACAUCCAAAAUAACAGAAUUGGAUAAAAUGAUGAAAAUCAUAGCUGUAGAAUUCAUAUAAAAAUAUUAUACAAUAGAGCCUUGUUUGGUUAUAGGAAGUAUAAAAUCAUGGGUUAAUGCCUUACUGGCAAAUUUUGUUCAUACACUUUUUUAUUCUCUAUGUAUUAUAUAAAUUCUACUUAUGAAGGUUUUUAUCAUUCCAUGGCUAACUAUGACACGUGUAGUGAACUUCUAGCUAUGUAGCUUCCUCCAACAACUCACGAGCUCUUUGACCUUCGUGGAUAAUGAAAAUGGACUUGAAGCAUAUAGUUGCAGCUAUACGCCAUUGUGGGCGAGUUCAAGCUCUCAAGCAAGGCAAAUCAUUUCAUUCUCAUUUGAUCAAAACUGGGUAUUCUCAUAACGUCUACAUAGCCUGCAAUUUGGUAUCUAUGUAUGCUGACUUCACAUUUUUAAUCGACGCAUAUAAACUGUUUGAUGAAAUGCCUGUAAAAAACAUCGUCACCUGGACCACUAUGGUUUCUGCGUAUACCAGCAAUGGAAAGCCUCGUGAAGCAAUAAAGCUAUAUACCCGGAUGUUAGAUUCUAAAUCAGAAGUCCCUAAUGGGUUUAUGUACUCUGUGGUUUUGAAAGCGUGUGGUCUUGUGGGUGAGAUUGAGCUGGGUAGACUGAUUCAUAAGAGAUUUUCUAGAGAGAAUUUAGAUUACGAUAUUGUUUUGCUGAAUGCUCUUUUGGAUAUGUAUGUUAAAUGCGGAUGCUUGAGUGAUGCAAGAAAAGUUUUCGAUAGGAUCUUUUUGAGGGCGAAUUCCACUUCCUGGAAUACAAUGAUUUCGGGGUAUUUUAAGGAAGGUUUGGUGGAGGAGGCUGUUAAUUUGUUCAAUCAAAUGCCGGACAGAAAUGUUGUUUCUUGGAAUACUAUUAUUGCUGGUCUUGCAGAAAAUGGGAGUUCACGUGCAUUACAGUUUGUUUGUAAGAUGCACCGGGAAGGGAUUAAGCUUGAUAAAUUUACUUUUCCAUGUGCUCUUAAGACAUGUAGCUAUGCUGGUUUCUUAGUUGCAGGUAAACAGAUUCACUGUUAUGUUUUAAAGUCUGGUUUGGAGUCUAGUUGCUUCGCUGUGUCAGCGCUGGUUGAUAUGUAUUCAAAUUGCAACGGGUUAGAUGAUGCUAUAAGGCUGUUUGAUCAAUACUCAGGUGGUACUGGUUCAAUCUGUGAUAGCUUAGUACUCUGGAAUUCUAUGCUUUCAGGGUAUGUUGUUCAUGAGAAAAAUAGAGCUGCUGUUAAUAUGAUUGCACAAAUCCAUCAUUCUGGUGCUUCGGUUGACUCUUACACCUUGAGUAGUGCUUUGAAGGUCUGCAUCAACUUGCUCAAUGUGAGACUUGGGAUUCAAGUUCAUGCUUUGAUUGUUACCAGUGGGCAUGAGUUAGAUUAUGUUGUUGGAAGCAUCCUUGUAGACCUCUAUGCAAAACUGGGGAAUAUGAAAGAUGCUUUUAAACUGUUUCAUAGGCUUCCCAAGAAAGAUAUUGUAGCUUGGUCUGGUUUACUCAUGGGGUGCGCUAAGAUGGAAUUGAACUCCUUAGCUUUGUCACUGUUUAGAGAUAUGGUUACAUUUGGUGUUGAAGUAGAUCAGUAUAUUGUUUCUAAUGUUCUGAAAGUCUGUUCUAGUUUGGCAUCUAUUGGAACCGGUAAACAGGUACAUGCUUUUUGUAUCAAGAGAGGAUAUGAAACCGAACAGGUCACCAUCACAGCCCUCAUUGACAUGUAUUCAAAAUGUGGUGAGGUAGAAGAUGGUUUGGUUUUGUUUGGCUGUGUUGCAGAUAGGGAUGUUGUAUGCUGGACAGGGAUCAUUGUGGGGUGUGCGCAGAAUGGAAGGGCAAAUGAAGCUCUUGAAAUUUUCCGACAGAUGGUACAAUCAGGGUUAAAGCCAAAUGAAGUCACUUAUCUAGGUGUCCUUACUGCAUGUAGGCAUGCUGGUUUGGUUGUAGAGGCACAGACCAUAUUUGGGACCAUGAAAUGUGAUCACAGACUUGAACCUCAACUAGAACAUUAUUAUUGCAUGGUUGAUCUUCUAUGUCAAGCUGGAUAUUUCAAAGAGGUAGAGAAGUUAAUUGCUGAGAUGCCAUUUAAACCUGACAAAACCAUAUGGAGCUCGAUGCUUGGGGCCUGUGGGACUCACAGGAAUACUGGAUUGGUCAGUACCAUUGCUGAGAACCUUCUUGCUAAUUGUCCAAAUGACCCUUCGAUUUAUGUUAUGCUUUCAAAUGCUUAUGGAACUUUGGGAAUGUGGGAUAGUCUAAGCCAAGUGAGGGAAGCUGCUAAAAAGUUGGGUGUCAAAGCAGCUGGAACGAGCUGGAUUGAGAUUUCAAGUUAAGAUGCGUUGGUCAUGGCAUGGCAUUAGUUAAUCUUGCCUGAAGUUCAAGAUUAAGUGGUAAAACAUUCACUGCUACUUAUCUAUUAGUCAUUAUGUGUCUGGGAUGUCAGUGUAAGAGCAUUUACCCGUGCUAAAUAGUUGGGCUGGGUUGAAGAAAACCUGGAGAUGCAGAAACAUACAGCAUGUAUAUUGCCGUCAGAAGGAUCUCGAUAUGAAGGAUGCCAAUACAAAUCAUUUCCCUGAAUUCAAUUUACGAGACAAAUUACAACUAAUCGGAAAGAACUAUGUUAUUCUUCAUCUUGUGUUUUACAGAGUAGGAAAGAGAGGAAGGAAAUUGCAAUAGAAGGGCCCAAGAAAGGAAGAAACGGAAUAGAAUUUUUUACAGCUAUAUGCCAAUCGAAACAAGGCCCUCUAGUCUCAUUUCGAAGAGGUUCCUAGAAUAUAUUUCCAAAAAAUUCAAUUUUUUUGUUUUACUAAAAUUUAAUAUGGUUUGUAUGUUUUGGAUCAUUUUGAUGUGCUGAUAUUAAAAAUAAUUUUUAAAAAAUAAAAAAAUAUCAUUGACAUGUAUUUCAGCACAAAAAAUUAUUUAAAAAGCAACCGCUACCAUACUAACAAACACCACGACAAGCAUCAGUAGGCUUCUAUUCCUUCCAUGGUCGAAUGUAAAUACAAUCAUUGCUUGUGUCGUGGAGUUGGAAAGGCACUGCAAGAGAAAGGAUACAAUGGUCCUACCUAGAAGUGAACGCUGGUCCAACCAUUUGACCUUGACCCGGCAGACUUGAGUAAGCAACUGGCGUGGGGUCCACCUAGGCAAAGAUUAGGGAGCCACACCACCCAAUUGUCAUUGUUGAUGCAAAGGGCAAUUCGUUGCUUUGCAAGGCAUUAUUCCAUGCUUGUGGCAUUUGGUUGUUUUGAACAUUCUUUCUCAUGCCAUGUUGCUUUCUUCAAUCAUUUCACCCCCCUCACAAUUCUCUGUCCUCCCACAGAUUCAACAUUAUGGAUUGUGCCCGUGUUUCUUC